GUCUUGACAACGAAUUUGGUGGCUUUUAUACGAAUUCUUGGAUUGAUUUUAAUAAUAUGAAUUUAUUAAAUUAUGGAUGAUCCCCACCAGAUUCCUCCGAAUACAUCAGAAAUUAAGAACAUACUUCCGGACGUCGUGCAUUCACAACAGAUACCCACCGUAGGAAGUGUUACAAAUGAUACAGAGACAGAUAUACAACCCACCGAAAACACUGAAGAAAACACAAUUUCACAUGAUGGCCAAGAAAGCAAGACUGAGUCUAUAUCAGAACAUAUUCCCUCCAAAAUUGAAUAUUCUACAGAUUCUGAUCAUGCAAGUAGAACACAGGAUCUUCUUAGAGUUGAGCCCGAGCAAGAGAAGGCUUCUAAAAAUAGUUCCUUAAACUUUCCUGUGCCGCAUUCACCUGCUAGUGACAACCCAAGCACUCAAGACCCCAGCAAAGUGAGUGUAUCCUUGCCUCUAGAUGUUAAUGCUGUGUCUGAUAUCCAUCUUUUGAGUGAAGAGAGUCCUGUUAAUUUGGCAUUGUCAUCAGAUUUAUCUAAAGACACUCAUGAGAAAUCACAAAUGUCAGAUCACAAUGUGCCAUUAAGUAAACAUGACAAUGAUAUGCCAAACCUAUCUCCUAGAAGUGACAAGUAUCUUGAUUCUCUAAAUGAAGAAUCUAGCCACAAAUUAGACAUAUCUCAACAUGAUUCUGCCGAUGUUUCUGAUAAGAUAGAUUCACCUGAGAAAGUGAGUUCAGGAUCUGAGGAGAUAAUAAAGCUUGAUAUUAGAGGUCAAGGGGUCCCAAAAUUUCCUUUCCCAGCUGCUAAAAUAAUUUUUGGACCACCACCUGAAGGAGGAACUGUUAUAGACUCUAAUGUUGAACCUAUUCCCGUAUUCCCAAACUUGUUAUCUCCAUUCCUUGUUGGUGCUGGAGACAGUCUCAACGUUGAAGAAGUGUUUGAUGACCAAGGAGCAUAUAAAGUGCCAUCAGCAGAUAAAUCUCUUCAACUGUCACCAGAAAAAGAAAGUUUGUCAAGUGAUAAAACAUUACCAUUGUCUGCUGAACAAGUGAGUCUUUCCACUGACAAUUCAUUACAAAUGUCACCAGACAAACAAAGCCUAUCUAGUGAUAAAGUUGAGGCUGACCUGCUAGUAGAAGAGAUAACUGUUGAAGAUGAAUUAAAGGAAAAGGUCUAUGAUAAACCUGAGGAGAAUUCUAUGCCAAAAUCAAUCCUCCCCGAAGAGACAAUGUCUUUUAGCACAAUGACAGAUUAUAAGACUAUUUGUGAAGAAUAUCAUGUGAAGCUUGUGCACUUGGAAGACGCUAUAACGCAGCGUGACGAAUUAAUUGAAGAACUGACCAUCUCAUUACAGCGUUCGGUCCGCGAACGAGAUGACCUUAGGCAUGAGAAUGAGCACUUGACUAAUGAAGUGCAGAAUCUGCAGCACAUUGUUGGAGAGAGAUCUCCCUCAGAACAUGACACAGUUAAAGCUCAGCUUUCAGACUUUAUAAAAUAUCAAAGUUUGCUCAAAGAUGACAGCACUAAGUUCUACUCUGCUGUCAUGAGUGGAGGAUCCUCAUUGCAGAGUUCAAACGGGGAAAAAGAUAUGGACAGGGAAGAGAUAGUCAUUAAUUAUUCCAAGUCUGAUUUGCGAAUGUCGGACGCAUCGGAUGACUUCCAGACUGGUUUCGAACACAAAUUGACGGCGAUCAUAAAUAAGUUUGAUAGUUACAUAGAGGAAAACUUGAGAAAUAAAUUGAGGGAAAGCUUGAUUCAAGUGUUAUGUGAUGAAAUAGGUAAGAUGAGGAUAGACAAUGAUACUGAAAUCAAGGAGUUGGAAGCUCAGCUGCAGAGCGACAAGCAGGCUUUCUCAGUAGAGACGCGGCGGCUGAGGGAACUGCUGGCAUCGGUGAAGGCUGGUAAUGCAGACAUUGAUGCACUAAGGCAGGAGUUGGAUAUCAAACAUGAGAAAGAAAUGGAGAACUUGAGAACUUAUUUCGAAAAGAAAUGUUCUGAUAUGGAAAGAAGCUAUUCGGAGGAGGUGUGGCGCGACAAGGCGUGCGUGUCGCCGAGUGGGUCGGCGACGUCGCUGGACGCGCCCACCGACGCCGCCGGCGACCAUCCACGUCGUCGCAGGCGCAGUGCACAGCUUACCUCACUCAGCUUGGAGUCGACACAAUUGGAGCAGUCGUUGAAGCACCUAAGCAAAAAGUAUGAGCAACAGAUAGACGAGAUGAAGGCAGAACACGUCGCCUACGUGAACGAGCUACAAGCUACGCAUAGGGAAGCUAUCGCAUCGCUGGACGAACAGAUAACUCAACUGAAGGCGCACAUACAAACAGCGGAGAACACUGAGACGAACGUGUCUCUCUACCAGCAGGACAUUGACCUCGAGCUGGAAAAGGUUAGACCUAGCUGCUAA